AUGUCCAGCUCGACCAAGAUCACCGCCGACCCGGCUGAGGUUGAGAAAACAGUUGUCUAUGGUGGCCGUGGAACCGAAGAAGAUCCGUUUAUCGUGGAGUUUCAAAAGGACGAUCCCGGCAACCCGAUGAACUGGAGUUCUUUUCGAAAGUGGUUCAUCACAUUUAUUGCGACCAUCUCAGUUUUUGCUGUCACCCUGACCUCGUCUGCAUACUCGGUCUCCGCCAACGAGGUCUUUCAAGACUUCGACAUUAGUUCUGAAGUCUUCAUUCUCGGUCUUUCCCUCUUCGUUCUAGGGUUCGCAAUUGGCCCUGCUCUCUGGGGUCCGCUAUCCGAAUUGUACGGAAGACAGAAGCUGUGGAUGAUCACUCACGUCGCUAUGGUAGCAUUCCUCGGAGGAUCUGCUGGGAGUAAAAAAGUUGCCACGCUGUUGAUACUACGUUUCUUUGCUGGCACGUUUGGGGCUUCUCCACUCGUCAACUCCGGUGGUACGAUUGCCGAUCUCUUCCCGCCAGCUCAACGUGGUCUCGCUCUCACGGUUUACUGCAUUGCGCCGUUCCUUGGGCCCGUCCUUGGGCCAGUAAUGGGAGGCUUUAUCUCCGAAAAUAUUGGCUGGAGAUGGGUACAGGGCGUGUGUACCAUCUUCAUCGGGAUUGUCGGUGUCCUGGGCGUCAUCUUUAUUCCCGAGACAUACGGCCCGGUACUGCUGCAGAAACGGGCGAGUCAAUUGUCCAAAACGGAUGGGAAGGUUUACAUCAGUGUUCUCGAGAAAAGCCAGGGCAAAAAGAAACCAUCUGAAGUCUUUCAGCGGGCCUUGUUUCGCCCUUGGAUUUUCCUGUUCCUUGAGCCAAUCGUCUUCAUCGCUUCGGUCUACAUGGCUAUCAUUUACGGCACGGUUUACAUGUUCAUGGGAGCUAUGCCAAUCGUGUACAACGAGGACCGUGGUUGGAGUGAGGGUAUUGGGGGCCUUUCGUUCCUUGGUAUUGCGGUGGGCAUUGUUUUUGGACUGAUUUAUGCGAUCUGGGACAACAACACCCGGUAUAUGAAGCUCGUUCUAUCGAAAAGCACGACAGCCGAAUCCCGUCUACCACCUGCAAUUGUCGGUGCGGUCGCUCUGCCGAUUGGAAUGUUUGCUUUCGCCUGGACCAACUAUCCCAGCAUCCAUUGGUCCGUCAGUAUCAUCCUCUCUGCUCCAUUCGGCUUCGGAUGCGUUCUCGUUCUCUUACCAAUCAUGAACUACCUGAUCGACUCCUACACGAUCUACGCCGCUUCUGUUUUGGCUGCGGCCGCUAUCUUCCGUUCUGUCAUCGGUGCUGUGUUCCCACUGUUCACAACGCAGAUGUACCACAAUUUGGGUAUUCACUGGGCAUCCAGCAUCCCCGCCUUCAUGACACUGGUGUGCAUGCCGUUCCCACUGAUCAUGUAUCGCUACGGCAUGCAGGUACGUAUGAAGUGCAAAUACUCGUUUGAAGCAGCGGACACCAUGAAAAAGAUGCAGAUGCAACAGGCACAGGCCAAUCAAGCAAAAGAGGAGGACACUGGCUCAGAAUAA